CAAUGUUGUUUUUUUGUGGGUCCCAUUAAAUUCCAACACCCACGUCUCGUGUGUGUGUGUGUGUAUAUAAAUACCCAGAUAUCAUCAUCUUCGUCUCUUCUCCAUCGAUCGCUCUCUUCUCUAUUUCGGAAAAGGAAGUCGACGACAAGGAACAGAGAUCGAUCGGGAAAAAUAGCGGCGCCGAGGUUUCCGAUCAUGAUUCUCUUCGUCUUCGUCGUUUCCUCCAUGAUUCUCUUGCCGUUGUCUCAAGCGCUUUCGCCGACAUCGUCGCCGGCUCCGGCUCCCAUCAGCGACGGAACGUCGAUAGAUCAGGGGAUUGCUUAUGUACUGAUGCUAGUGGCGCUGGCGCUGACUUAUCUCAUGCAUUGAGAUUCUCUCUCUCUCUAACUUUAUCCAUGAUUCUUUUUUUCUUUUUUUUGUAUAAACCGAUUUGUUUUUUUUUUCUUCAUUCUGGUGUUUGUUACUUGUGAUCGAUCGAUGGAGAGCUAAUGAAACAGAGAUUUUUCCAACUACUGUUUUUUUUUUUUUUGUAU